AUGAAACAUAGAGGGCUAGAGAUAGCCCCACAAAAGACAGAGCUGCUCGUGGUGAAGGGCCCUAGAAAUUUGGGAGGUUUCUAUGCCAGGUUUGCCGGAGUAAGGAUCGAGCCAACAAAGGUGAUAAAGUACCUGGGAGUGAAGAUGAGCAAGGGCCCCUUCCUCGCCAAUUAUCUGGAGUAUAUCACUGAAAAAGCGGCUAUGAAAGCAGACACCAUGGGGAGGCUCCUGCCCAACAUAGGGGGUCCUCUGUAUUUUAGGAGGAGAGUACUGAGCGCGACAGUACACAGCGUAUUGACAUAUGCGGCGCCAGUCUGGAGAGACGAGUUGAAGAAAGGAAAAUACAUGAAGAAGAUAAUCAGUGCACAGAGACGUUGCCUCAGCGUACCGCACGGUCCUGCGGAGGCCGUGCAGGUAGUGGCCGGCUUUCCACCGGCUGACCUUAUGGUAGCGGAAGCAUGCUUCCUCUUUAAGAUAGGAAGCAGACUGCAGGGGCACAGAGCGAUGGCCCCUGAGGAAAUGGAAACAAAGUUCCUUACAGGACACGGGUCUUUUGGCACAUACACUUCUAGAAUAGGGAAAACGGCGACGGAUGAAUGCCACGUGUGCGGAACUCAAGAGAGCCCCCAACACGUCUUCUACGAGUAUGCAAGAUUCUCACAGGAGAGAGCUGCCCUGGAGAGGGACAUAGGACACCUCCCGGAACUCGACGGAAUCAUCCCGUUUAUGGGAUAUUUCUUUCAAGAAUUAAGGAUGAUGUAG